AUGGCAAUUUUCAGUCCAUUGGGGAUAUCGUUCGCGCCUCAAAUUCAAAAGUCUCGCACCCUUUAUCGCUGGUUCAAGCCUUUCGCGGACUGGUAUGCACAAAUCGCUGGCUACAGACAGAUUGGCCUGAAGUAUGACGACUUGCUUCUCGAGGAACGCGAUGACGUCCAAAAGGCUCUUGGUCGUUUGUCAGAACGGGAGGCUUAUGACCGCAACCACCGUUUCCGUGUUGCUUCCCAAGCUAGCGUGCUCCAUAGGAAUUUGUCGAAGGAACACUGGAUAAAACCUGAGGAGGACGUGCGGUACCUGCGGCCUCAUGUCGAGGAAGUGUGGAAGGAGGAUAUGGAGAGGGCAAAGUGGGACAACGUUCAGGUCCAGAGGAAGCGAUAA